AUGUCUGACAAACCUCCAACCCAGUCUGCCUCAAGUACUGCGUAUGCUGGCUAUCCUCAGUCAAGAAUGCCGUACGCUGCAUCGGGCUAUCCGCAGUACAAUGGAGCUGUGAAUGUGACCAAUUCCAAUGCCCUUGCCAAUAUGUCGAACCUGAAAGCAAACCUGCCAUCCUCUGCUUCUGUUGAGCCUGAGAUGAACGCAGUCAACCGUCCUGGGUACACCAGUCCCUUGAUGGUGUUGCCGUCGGGUCAAGCUGUGCCACUCCCCAACUUCUACGGACAAAACCAGACCUCAGCUGGAGAUGGUACCUCCCAAUUGCCCUAUGUCCCUACCGGAAUGUUCCCAAGCUUCAUUGGCAAUACAAGCAUGGCCGCUAGCACACUCCCAGGAUAUGGUUGGCCAUACAAUCUCGCCUCCAACGUCACCGGGUUCGAUCCCGGCCGUCGGGGCUCAUGGUCUUCCAACGAAGAGAACGUGCCCACCAACCAGAGCACAGCCCUUCAAGGUCAAUCGGACUACUACAACUCCAUGGCCUACCUUCCGACAGCACCCGCGGGCCAACACUACAUUGCCGGACCCAUUCAACCUAUGAAGUGUCAGGAUAACAAAUCAUACGAGAUGGUCAAUCUUGACGAUCUCGUCAGCCGUGACCCUCCAAUCCCUCGUGCGGUUCCUGCCAUGUGGACAAACCAAGAAGAACUCAGUCUGGCCAAAUGUCUUCAGAACCCUGAGGGCAUCACCAACGUCUACAUUCGUGGGUUCAUGCCGGAUACCACCGAUGAGGACCUCGAACGGUGGGCCUCUCGCUUUGGAGAAAUUGAGUCAUGCAAGGCCAUCGUCGAACAGGACACUGGUAAAUGCAAAGGCUUUGGGUUCGUCAUGUACUAUUCUCCUGCUGCUGCAGAGAACUGUAUCCGUGGCUUCUUCCAUCUUGGCUUUCAGGCCAGCUAUGCCCAGAAAUCUCGCAACUCUCGACUCAAGGACCUUGAAGAUAAGAACUCCACCAACAUCUACUGUACCGGGGUUCCCAUUGACUGGAAUGAAUCGGAUCUUGCCAAACACUUUUUGCCGUAUCACGCCGUCUCAACCAAGAUCUGCCGCGAUGCCCCCUCCGGAGUUAGCAAGGAGGUUGGCUUUGCCCGCUUUGAAACACGUGAAAUUGCUGAGCGUGUCAUCAAAGAGUUCCACUCGGUCCUCAAUGAGCGUGAUGGCAUCAAAUUGUUCCUCCGCUUUGCCGACACCAAGGCCCAGAAGCAACUCAAACAACAGAGUCAAGAACGCCGCAACUGGCGCAGCCGAGAGUACAGCUUUUCGGUUGAGCACACUCCGUCUCCGGUUCUGUCUCGCCUGCAAAACAUGAACAACCACAUCAGCCCGAAUGGCAGUUACCAGUCUCCUGCUGGAACUACCAACGGCUUCACUCCAGCGACGUCAGUCUCACCGCCUGAGCUGCCAGGUGUCAGCAACAAGGCGACGAAUGUGGUCCGGAGUUCCACAUCAAGUUGGCCAAUGCAAGGGGGCCUUCAGUCAAUCACCAACACCACUACUGUUCGAACCAACCUCCCUGUCAGUGCGGCAUCUCAUCCUUACAUUGAGGUCCCACCAAAAUCGGCUGCCUCGAUUGCCAUCAUGCCGGACGGUGGCGAUCCCGUCAAGAAGACCAGAACCCCAAGUCCCAAGAAGGUCACCAUUCGAAUUGAGCCGGCCAGCGGCAAAGAGAACUACGUCACCGCCACUCCGCAGUCCAGCAAAUGA